CUAUGCACAUCAGAGGGAUUGCAGUCAGCUGUGUUUUUAGCUGCAAAUAUUUAAGACAGGGAAAAGUCCCCUAAGCCAGAAGGACAGUUGUGUCUUGGGUUAGUGCAAAUGUUGGCCACUAUUGCAAGUGUGUUUCGAGUGAGUGCCCAGAGGAAUGGGGCUGCACUGAUUAUGUCAGCACGCACAUUCACUGAUUUCACGACCCAGGCUACCUUUGAAAUAAAGAAAUGUGACCUCUUCAAGCUGGAUGAGGGCCCUGCCACUCAGGUGGUUCUGACUCGUGAUGAGGGUCUGCAGUACUACCGCACAAUACAGAUCAUGAGACGUAUGGAGCUGAAGGCAGAUCAGCUGUACAAACAGAAGAUGAUUAGAGGGUUCUGUCACUUGUAUGAUGGGCAGGAAGCCUGUGCUGUUGGUCUUGAAGCCUCAAUUAACUUGUCAGACCACCUGAUCACAGCAUAUCGUGCCCAUGGCUACACUUACACCCGGGGAGGGACUGUCAAGGAGAUCAUGGCUGAGCUCACUGGCAGAAGAGGCGGAAUUGCAAAGGGCAAGGGAGGCUCUAUGCACAUGUACUGCAAAAACUUCUAUGGUGGAAAUGGAAUUAUUGGUGCUCAGGUUCCUUUGGGUGCUGGUGUAGCACUUGCCUGCAAGUACCUGGGCAACAAUGAGCUAUGUGUCUGUCUCUAUGGUGAUGGUGCUGCCAACCAGGGCCAGAUCUUUGAAACGUACAACAUGGCUGCUCUCUGGAAGCUGCCUGUUAUCUUUGUCUGCGAGAACAACCGGUAUGGCAUGGGCACCUCAGUGGAACGAGCUGCAGCCAGCACAGAUUACUACAAGAGAGGAGAGUUCAUUCCUGGUCUGAGGGUGGAUGGAAUGGAUGUUCUUUGUGUCCGGGAAGCAACCAGGUUUGCUGCUGAUCACUGUCGCUCUGGGAAGGGUCCUAUUCUGAUGGAACUCCAGACAUACCGCUAUCAUGGACACAGCAUGAGCGAUCCUGGACUUAGCUACCGCACACGUGAGGAGAUCCGGGAAGUGCGCAGUAAGAGUGACCCCAUCUCUAUGCUAAAGGACCACAUGCUCAGCCAAAACAUGGCUAGUGUGGAGGAACUCAAGGGAAUUGAUGUGGAAGUGAGGAAGGAGAUCGAGGAUGCAGCUCAGUUUGCCACCACAGACCCGGAGCCCCCACUGGAAGAACUGUGCAACCACAUCUUCUACAAUGAGCCACCUUUUGAGGUGCGCGGCACAAACCCGUGGACCAAGCUGAAGUCUAUUAGCUGAAGUUCUUGACAACCGCCUGUCCUCAAUGCACACCAUGUACUUUAAACUUAUGCCUCUCACCAGAGCCAAGACAAGAUCAGAUUCACUUUACUACACUGUAGCAAUUUCAAGACUUCAGGAAGUGUUAAUCUUAUCAGUGUUGCCAGUGUACAAUUUAUACCUACAUUUAUGCUCUUCACCAUAUUUACCUUGGCUAGAAAUGUUUAGUGAUUGGUUUCUGGUUGACUUCAUCUUUUCACAAGACUUGAGCCACAUUUAUUCCUUAAAUCUCUGACUAGAUUAUUUGCUGUGUAAUCUGGUAAUUUUUGAGGUGCUGUAAAUGUUUGGUGUGUCACAGGAUGUAUCACCUUAACAUGGCUUUGUGCUCUAUAUACUUAAAGAAGUCAACUUGAGAAAGUGCUCUUCUCUUCAAA